GAGAGAGAGAGAGAGAGAGAGAGAGAGAGAGAGAGAGAGAGAGAUAGGUAGAUAGAUAAACGAAUAAGUAGAUAGAGAGAUAGAUUUAUGUGUGUGUUUGUGAAUGUAUGUAUGUUUCCGAUGUAAAAACCUUCGGUGACCCGGAUAACACCAUAUUCUCUCAAAUUGUCUUGCGAUGGAACUUGUAUUUUCAUUUUCUCUUUCCAUGCUUUUGAUACUACCGCUUGCCAGCUCCCCUUCCUCGCCUCAGUUUAGCUCCGUCUCCGCUCGAGGAAACACGGCACAUCGAGACACCCCGCGCAGGACACAGAUGAUAAGGAUGGUGUCAAUUGUUCUUCUGCGCUCGUGUUUUUCCUCUUCCUUGAGCAUUAGAUCUGUUCAUUUUGAAGCAGUUCCAAAUAACAGGUGGAGCACUGUUACUGUGUUCAUAUUCACUUACCAGAAGCACUGAAGUUCGUAGUCCCACCAGUCAUACCACUUGGACCAUAAUACUUGCACUGAAUGACCUUACAAUCAUCUUGUUUAUACGGAAAAUCGUGUUAUUCAAAUUCCUAAGACAGGCAACUCACUGCUGGAUUGGAAUUUGCGUGAAAACACGUUACUUGUAUUCUCCUAGGAAAUGCUGAGUGUUUGCCUGCGAAUACUAUGACCUGAUAACAAAUGGACUGUACGACCAAGGACCUCGUGUAUGACCUAGGAGCCCGCGUCUGUACAGCCACGCUCUCGCCGACUGGGGACUUUCGUCUCGCUAAAAUGCGGGUGUUUUUCUUGCUUUUAGUCAGCCUUGUGCCAAACUUCACGGCCUCCACCACACUACACCAAGGCUUUAAUACUAGAAUAAAUGUUCGGAAUCUGGUAAAACGAAGUUCCAGAUCACUUGGUAAUGAGUACUUCAUCAAACGCUUGCCUCGUUCUAUCAAGCCCCGCCACUACACUAUCAAACUUCAGCCCUUCAUCAACGGCAACAUCAGCAUCCUCGGCCACGUGGAGGUGGAGAUGGAGGUCCUGGAACCGACCUCGAACAUCACACUCCACAUGGCCGACAUCAUCACCAAAAACGACACUGUCAAGGUUUCUGCUCUUGGGAAGAGAGGGGGUCAGAGCGUGAGGAUCAAGAAUGCUCGGUAUGACAACAAAGCUCAAUUCCUCAUCCUGCACCUGGAGGAGACGCUGGCGAGAGGGGAGACCUACGCCUUGGCCGUGGAGUACGUCGGGUAUCUGAACGAGCACCUGAAUGGCUUCUACAGAGCGGACUACGUGGAUUACGACGGCAGUAUCAAGUUCAUGGCCGCCACGCUGUUUCAACCCACGCACGCCCGCCGCGCCUUCCCGUGCUUCGACGAGCCAGCCCUGAAGGCGACCAUCGAGGUCCACCUGGCGAGGGAGACCUGGAUGACGUCACUCUCCAACAUGCCCCUCGCCGAGACGCGCCCUGUAGAAGGUCAGGAGGGCUGGGUGUGGGACCGCUUCGAGAGGAGCGUCCCCAUGUCCACCUACCUCGUCGCCUUCGUCGUGUCGGAAUUCACUUACAUCAACGUCACUGGCAGUGGCCACGUGCUAUUCAGAAUGUUUGCGCACCAGACUCGAACGGACCAGCUGAGUUACGCAAGCGAGGUCGCCCCCAAGAUUCUGCAUUACUUUGAGGACUACUUCGGCUCCCUUUACAUGCUACCGAAGCUAGACAUCUUUGCUUUGCCCCAGACUAUUGUGCCUGGCAUGGAGAACUGGGGCCUCAUCACCUUCGGAGAAUCCUAUCUGUUUUCCGACCCCGACGCGACUCUGCCAAAGAACCUGGAAUUCACGGGGAGCCUAAUAGGCCACGAAUUGGCUCAUAAUUGGUUCGGAAAUUUGGUGACGCCCGCCUGGUGGGAUGGCAUCUGGCUCAACGAAGGCUUUGCCACAUACAUGGGGCAUGUCGGCUUGGAUCGGGUGAAGCCAGAUUGGAAAGUUAUGGAAACCUUCGUCGGAGGAACCCUCCAAAGGUCCUUCCUUGUGGACAGUCUGGAGAUGUCUCACAGGAUCAGCAUUUCCAUAACCGAGGUCACUGACGUCAUGCAAAUCUUCGACGCCAUAACAUACUAUAAAGGAGCCUCUGUUGUCCGGAUGCUGCUGCAUUGCCUCGGGGAGGAAACCUUCAGAAGAGGACUGAACAACUACUUAAAAGCCUUCAAGUACAGCAAUGCAGUUCAAGAUGAUCUUUGGGAAUACCUGACGGUCGCCGCCCACCAGGAUAAAGCUCUGGCCAAGGACCUCUCUAUCAAGAUGAUCAUGGACACGUGGACGCUGCAGAAGGGCUUCCCCGUCAUCGAGGUGAUGCAGAGCGCUGAUGGCGCCAUUCUCACUCAGAGAAGAUUUCGGUCUGAAAAAAACAUCCUCAGAGACUCACACGACUACAGGUGGAUGAUGGUGUGGAUGAAGAACUGCGAGGGGCAUUUAAACCUCACCUCUCUUCCCCCGAAAGACGAGUGGGUUAUCUUCAACCUGCAGGAGACGGGCUACUACAGAGUCAACUACGACGACCACAACUGGGGCCUCCUCAUCCAGCAGCUGAAGGACGACCAUGAAGUCAUCCACGUCAUCAACCGAGCACAGAUCAUUGAUGAUGCCAAUGCUUUGGCAGAAGUAGGUCACCUCGACAACAAGAUCCCCAUGAAUAUACUUUCAUACUUGCGGAAGGAAAGCGACUACCUACCGUGGGCUGUGGCCAUUAACAUUUUCAGUUCCUUGAAGUGUUUGUCUAAUAACAGAAAAGGGUAUGGCGCUCUUAAGCAAUUUAUUUUGGAGCCGGUGCUGAGGCUGUACAACGAAAUGGGUUUCCACGGCAGCGUCGAGUCUCCUUUUGUGAGUCAGAAGAAGCGGAAGGUAGCCGUGAGUUGGGCGUGCGCUCUGGGCCACAAAGACUGCCUACAUCGCGCGAGAAAGUUCUAUAGGCAGUGGAUGUUAGACCCCGCCCAAGCCAGGAAAACGGCACCUAGCUUGAGACCCAUAGUUCUCUGCCACGGCAUCGCUGAGGGAGGCGAGGCCGAGUGGAACUUCGCGUGGAACAGGUACCUGAACGAGACAGAUCAGGCCGAGAUAUAUCUGCUCUUGUCUAUCAUGGCUUGUAGCAAAAACGCCGAGAUACUGAGGAGGUACCUGGAGAUGGCUGUUGAUCCCGAAACCGACGUCAAGCCGAUCGACCUGACGACUGUCUUCAUCAGCGUCGGGCAGAACGAGCUGGGUCGCCGUCUGGUUUGGAAUUACUUCACGGAGCACUGGAAUGACCUCUUCUCCCCCUGGAAGGUUUUGAGAGGAGAGGUGUUGACGCGGUUGACAUACUUCUUCAGCACGAGGCGGGAACUGGAGGAUAUGGAGCUGUUCCUGAACAACGAGAAAACAGACAAAACGGACAGCGAGUUGCAAGUAGGACACGCGCUGAAGAGAGCAAGACACAACCUGGCGUGGAUGGAGGCCAACCAUGACGUCAUAACGAGGUGGCUGGAGGAGAAUGGCUACUCCUCCAAGCCGCUCUGAGUUUUAUAGUUUUGAAGACAAUAAUCCCACCGAAGUCAGUACCACGGCAUAUGACUCGGACACGUUGGAAAUUCUUACCAUGUCGUUCCAAUGACCUGCCAUGACUGCCAGAGUGUAUCAUAUAUCAAGGUAGAAGCAUACAGACUGAUGCAAAUCUAAAAGGUGUUUUUGUUGAUUUCAUACAAUGUUAUUGUUAACUUUCUGCUCUCAUAUUUGUAGAUGGUAUUCCUUAGUUUUUCUAUGGAUCUCACUUUAUCCACCUUGAUUAAUUGAAUGUUUGUCUGGAUAAUCUUCAAAAUUUUAGCGAGGCAUCAUUGUUAGUUGUAAUAUAUAUUUAUUUAUACAGUAAUCACCGUUUAGACAGUCGAGUAAUAAACUUGCUAAAAUCGGUUCUCAGGUGAAGUUAUUAUUAUUAUUAUUUUUUAUUUAUUUGCAGACAUUGAGAUAAAAAAAUGCGCGUUGACUAUUCACUAUUGUUCAGUUAUCAUUUGCUCAUGAUAUAUUAUCUGUGCCUGGGCUUUGUUGCCAAUGUAUUUUCGAA